AUGCUUGUAUUAAAAAAAUUAAAAUCUGAUCAAGAUGAAUGUGAAAAAAAACUUCAACAAACCACACAACUACUUGAAGAUCUUCAUUAUAUAAGUUAUGAUGGUACAC